UAUAGCGACAGGCGUGUCAGAGUUCCGUUCUUCACAAGUUCGUGCUGUUUUAAACUUUCUAUUCCGUCGUUUAUAGGCAGUUUUACGGUCGACUGACACAUGAACAGACUCGCGCUGAGUGGAUUUCACGCUCGAGACCGCCAGCCUCACUUUGUGUGCACAGCAUUACACUGCAACAUCUGAUGGAAGUGGAAGAGGAAACUUGGGGACUCUGUGAGCUUGAGGAGAAAUGUCUGUAUCGGAAACCUCCUAAUUCCAUCACGAGAAAGAAAUCUUUGGUUUCUUCACAGACCGAAAAGGAUUUCUCACGGAAAAGAAGUCGGAGAAACGAACAACGUCCCAAAGCUGUCCCUUGCCCUCACUGUGAAAAGAGCUCGACAUGUAAAGCCGACCUAGAGAGACAUAUAAGGAGUCACACUGGAGAGAAGCCUUUCACGUGUCCUCAGUGUGAACGGAGUUUCGCGUGUAAAGCAGACUUAAAGAGGCACAUAAGAAUCCACACCGGAGAGAAACCUUUCACAUGUCCCCAGUGUGCAAAGAGCUACAUGUGGGCACAAACUCUGAAAGAUCAUCUGCGCACUCACAACAGGGUGAGAUCAUACAACUGCCAUCAAUGUGACAAAACCUUUGUUUUACUAUCCUCCCUGAAAAGACACGAGAACGCUCAUGCCAUGGAGAAGUCAUACUUGUGUACGCUCUGCGGAUGGGCUUUCAUUCGACUGCAUCAUCUGAAGAAGCACCAGCAGAUUCACACGGGUGAGAGGUCUCACAUGUGCUUGGAGUGCGGGAUGACCUUAGCUAAUAGCAAGAGCUUCAGACAGCAUCAGAUUGUCCACACCAGAAAAACCCUUGCCAGUGGUCAGACUGCGGCAAAAGGUUCACUCGCUCCAGAGCUCCGGGAAGACACCAGCGAAUACACGUUGCCGUGACGCCCCAUCAAUGUACUGCGUGUGGGAGGAGUUUCAGCACAUCAAGUACUCUUCUGACCCAUACUAACAACUACUGUCCAAAGACAUCAGACACUCCAUCUGAAGCGCCGCUGCCAGAAGCACGGAGUGCAAGUUCAACUCAUUCUAGCCUUGAGUUGAGAGAAAAACAUGUUUCUACCUCUAAGAGUUACAGAUCAAGAGCUUUACUCUAUGAAGGAAGUAGGGAAAAUGGAUGAUCACUUGACUCUUAUUGGUAAUAUAAUUCAUGUGAUGCAAUUAUACCUUUCAGAAAGUCCUUGCUGGGUGCCUCAAUUCCAGCCUCGUCUAAAAGACUACUUUAGGUUUGUUGACUGGAGCUGUGCCACUUGAGAAGACCUCUCUCCAACAUAUUGGAUCGUGAUGCAGUGAUCUCAAAUGUGUUCCCAUCUGUAAGCACUGCAGCACUGAUUGUUUUGAGUGCAUCAUCAUCAAGGAUAGGCGAGACUUGAAAAACAACAAAGUUAUUGAAUAAUACUAUUCGUUACAAAUGUGAAAUUAUAUACAAGUAAAAAAAAGAUUGACACGCAUUGUAUUUGUUCAAUCAAAAAGUUUGAAAACAUCAUCUACAUCAAAAAUGUAUUUUUCUGAAUUACCCAAGAUGCUGUGUCUUUUAAUGUCUUUAAAAGUCUGAAAUUCUAUAAUGUCAAAAUAAGGUCUUCAUUCACAUUAAAAUGUCUUAAAUCCACGUUUUCAAGGUCUUAACUAUGUAGUUGAACCGACGGCGUGAAGAAGAUUUUAGUUUUGUUUUAUAAUCAUGUCCCUGAUGUCAUGAUUUAUCACGCAGAACAAAAUAGGCGGAACCAACUAACAAAUUACAUGUUCGUGAGGGUUCGUUAGGGGACAAGUUGAGAGGGUCUGUCUGCAGCCGAUGGGGCGAGUGGAGCUCCACUCUUGAACAGGAAAUACUCAAUAAUAAAGAAGGUGCAAAAUGACGUCGCUGUGCUCUCCGAUUUUCGAACUGUAACUCGGGUAGUUUUAUCUCGGCAUCCCUACACUACUCGCAGACUGACGCUUAACAUGCACUGCAAGCACAACACAUAUGGCUUCCGUGAAAUUACGCAAAAAGGGCAAAUAAACACCAUGGAUUUAUGUAUUUUUAACGUUUUUUUGAUCAUUAUUUACUGUUACUUGCAGAUGAUGUGGUUUGUAAAUAUAGUUUGUGUUUUUUACUCGAAACAAUUAUUACAUAAUUUGUGG